GUCCUACAACGUGCCAGGCUCUUCGACACUUGAGACAGGAUGAAGUUCUUCGCGCCGACGCUCGUUGCCUCUUUGGGGUUGUACACUAACGCCGAAGCUGCUGGUGCGGAAUUCCGAAACAACACACAGCCUGGAAGGGUCAUCAACAAUGUGACCUACCCUUUGUUCCCUCCCUGCGAAGCUCUGAAGGCUGCCGGCUUGACCCACGUCUACCAGCUGGGUGAACCGGAGUACGACGUCCGAAAGACUUCGUACUGGUCCGUCAGCGCUCAGCUGAACCCCAUCUGCGUUGUUCUGCCUCUUUCUACCCAGGAGGUGUCCACAACCAUCAAGAUUCUUCAGGACCCACCAACCAAGUUUGCCGUGCGAAGUGGUGGCCACACCACAUGGGCUGGAUCGAACAACAUCAAUGGCGGGGUCACUGUCGAUCUCGGUUUCAUGAACUCUACGACUUACUAUGAAGGUGACACCACCGCCAGGAUUCGACCUGGAGCGAGGUGGGGAUCAGUUUACGGUGUGCUUGAGCCUUACGGUCUUACCGUUGCAGGUGGUCGAGCAAGCAGUGUUGGUGUUGCCGGUUUCCUUACCGGAGGAGGCAACACUUUCUUCACUGCUCAACGUGGUUGGGGUUGUGAUCAAGUCAAGAACUAUGAAGUCGUUCUUGCCAACGGUGAUAUCAUCAAUGUCAACAACAAGAACAACACCGGCCUCUUCAAAGCUCUGAAGGGUGGAUCAUCUAACUUUGGUAUUGUCACUGCUUUUGACAUGGAGGUUUUCAAGCAAGGCAACCUUUGGGGUGGCUCAGUGACGUACUCCAAGAACUACACCCAGCAACACAUUGAUGCCUACAUUGCAUGGACCAGCAACGUCAAGAACUACCCUGAAGGCUCUAACAUCAUCUUCUGGAGCUAUCUUCCCACUGUCAAAGAUAUCAUCAUCAUUGGUGCGUACGAAGACACCGCCGGUAAUGUCGCCCCUGCAGGCUUCGAUAAGUUUACAGCUAUCCCCUCUAUGUCUUCCACUAUGAGACUCGGGACUCACAAGAACCUCACCGAUGAGCUUGAACAGCCCGCCGGUUACCGCGACAUCUGGUUCACCAUGCUCUUCAAGAACGAUCGUGCAACUAUGAAGUACAUUGUCGACCUCCACGAGCAGUUUGUUGAAGAGUGGAAGAUUGAGGGCCUCGAGCCCGAUUUCAUCACCCAGUGCAUGUUCCAGGCCAUUCCCACCGUUUUCAACGAGCGCAGCGAGGAGCGUGGCGGCAACGUGCUCGGCCUGAACCUUGUCAAGGAUGAUGCCAUUAUGCUGCUCUUCGACCUUGCCGUCACGACCGAUGACAGCGAACUUCGCGGGAGGGAGAAGAUCCGAGCUUACGGCGAGAAGAUGCAAGCAUUUGCCGCCGCCCGAGGCACCCUCGAGAACUGGCAGUACCUUAACUACGCCGACUCCUACCAGAACCCGCUCGGAAAUUACGGCGACGAAAACGUUGCCAAGAUUUUGGCUGCGGCUAGAGAGUUCGACCCAACGGGCGUUUUCCAAGAACAAACCCCCGGUGGCUUCAAAAUCACCAAGGCUGCACCGGCAGGUGUACCGGUGGCUCCCAAUUACUAAGACACGUCCAAGGGCAUCGCUGCAUAGCGCGACUUAGCGCAAGCUGCCAUGACCACUCCACGUGCCUGACCUGGACCAGCGUCUGGUCGGUCACUGGGAGACAGGGACCAGCCUUUAUAGAAAAACAAAAAGAACCAAAAGACAUACACCGCCACUAUUUUAACUGUCUAAUCAGCGGACCAAAUACCAUGUCAUCCGUCUUGGACAUGAUCGAGUGUCCGGUCCUUCAUCCUAAAUUAGAGUAGAUAAAAAUCUCACAUAAUGCACAACAAUUUGUCUUACAC